GUCUGUGUACAAAUUUUUUAUUUCGUAUUGAAUUUCGGUGAAUUUUAUCCUUACCCUCAUCUCCACCGAUCGGAUCAUCCAACCAGCUUCAAGUUCCGUCGAGCGAACAAAAAGCCAUCAUGGAUCCAGCACUGCUUCGCGAGCGGGAGGCCUUCAAACGGCGGGCCAUGGCUACGCCAACCGUCGAAAAGAAGGCCCGUACGGAACCUAGCUAUUCUGCACCGAAAGAUGUCAAGAAAGCGCGGCCAUCGGUCGCCCCUCCGAAGAUCGAUGUCAACAACUACAAGACAAUGUCCGGAAGCUCCCAGUACCGUUUCGGUGUGCUGGCCAAAAUCGUCAAACACAUGCGAUCCCGUCAUCAGGAUGGGGAAGAUCAUCCGCUCACAUUGGAGGACAUUUUGGACGAAACCAAUCAGCUGGAUAUCGGGUCCAGUGUAAAGGCCUGGCUUCAGACCGAAGCGUUGAGGAACAAUCCGAAGAUUGACGUGACACCUGAAGGACGCUACGUAUUCAAGGCUGUGUUUAGAAUCAAGGACGGCAAGAGUCUGAUGCGAUUGUUGAAGCAGCACGAUCUUAAGGGGCUAGGAGGUGUGCUGUUGGACGACGUCCAGGAGUCGCUUCCGCAUUGCGAGAAGGUUCUGAAGAAUCGAGCUUCGGAGAUUGUCUUUAUCACGCGACCGAACGACAAGAAGAAGGUGUUGUUUUACAACGAUCGGUCGGCGAACUUCCAGAUCGAUGACGAUUUCCAGAAGCUGUGGCGUGCCGUGACGGUGGACGCGAUGGACGACGCCAAGAUCGAUGAGUACCUGGAGAAGCAGGGCAUCCGGUCGAUGCAGGACCACGGUCCGAAGAAGCCGAUGAUUCCGAAGCGCAAGAAGGCCCAAUCAAAGAAGAGGCAGUUCAAGAAACCGAGGGAUAACGAGCAUUUGGCCGACGUGCUGGAGACGUACGAGGAUAAUACGCUGACGCAGUCCAAUGCGGUGCAGGAGAUUAAGCAGAAGAAUUAAUCGCGGCCGGGGGUUAUUUGGUUGAAUAAAUGUAUUAUUUAUUAGAUAACA